AUGAGGAACAAUCUGUUAUUCUUUGGUUUCCAGGAGCGCGCAUCUCCUGAUGAUAGGCGUUCGGAACAAUGUGUCAAGCUCCUGCUCGAUUAUUUCCACGACACACUUCAUAUUGCCGAUGCUCAUGAGAACAUCAAAAUCGAACGAGCCCACCGAAUUGGUAAAUAUGACACUUCCAAAAAACGACCAAUUGUCGCAAUAUUCAAUCAUUUCCCGGACAAGGUCCUUGUGAAACAGAAAUUCCGUGACAUGGAUGCACAAAAUGGUUUCAAUGCCACAGUCGGCGGUGAUAACUCUACUCGGAUCCGCUGUAGUGAACAGUUUCCUUCAGAAAUCCAAGAGCGCCGGAAGUUCCUCAUCCCUGCGAUGAUCAAGGCCCGUCAGGACGGCAAAACGGCACACCUGUCAUAUGACAAACUUUUUAUUAAGAACAAAAUGUACACGGUUGAAACUAUCCGUACUUCGGGCUUUAGCUAG